AUGAAUUAUGCAUUUUUUACAAGUAACAAUCCCAAAGGACACCUGACCUCUUCCAAAGGGAUGCCUCCACUAAAUGGCACCUUACCUUUCCCAAAGGCUUCCAAGGACCAGAUCCAACAGGGUAAUGGUGAUUAUUACUGUAGUGGGAAUGAUUUGUCCAACUUCACUGAUAUUGGACCAGAAGGAAUAGAGCAGAAGUCUAAGAAUUCAGGAGAAUUACUGAAGAGAUAUGUAAGCCAUUACAUUGAUUUUCCAAAGCCAUUGAUUGGUGUAAUUAAUGGUCCUGCUGUUGGAGUUGCUGUCACUGUUUUAGGAUUAUUCGAUGCCGUCUAUGCCACUGAUAAAGCCACAUUCCAUGCGCCAUUUAGUAAACUCGGUCAAAGUCCAGAAGGCUGCUCAUCUUACACCUUCCCCAAGAUAAUGGGUACUAGCAAGGCCAAUGAAAUUCUCUUGUUCAACAAGAAAUUAACUGCUGCUCAAGCUUGUGAACUGGGAUUGGUGACUGAGGUAUUUCCUGACAGUACAUUCCAAAAAGAGGUUUGGAAGAAGUUACAUGCUUAUGCAAAACUACCUAAAAAU